AUUUUCUUGAAAUAAAUCGAAUGAUUAAUAUGUUUUAUUUGUAUGUCUUCAAAUUUGUUCGCGUGUUUAAAGAGUCGCAACCCACGUGCUUUCUUUCGACGUCCAUCUUGUGUUUGGUGUGACUACGUUUCGUGUCUCAAGACUUAAAACCAUGCGUUACGUGGCCGCCUAUAUGCUAGCCUCCCUAGGGAGUAAAUCAGAACCAUCCGCAGCAGACAUCGAGAAAAUUCUGAGCAGUGUUGGCAUUGAUGCUGAAAGUGACAAAAUUAGCAAAGUUAUAUCAGAGCUGAAGGGAAAGAAAUUGGAAGAGGUUAUUGAAGAAGGAUCAAAGAAGCUAGCCUCAGUUCCAUCAGGUGGUGGGGCAGUGGCUGCUCCGGCAGCAGGUGGCGGUGCUCCUGCUGGAGGUGCAGAAGUAAAAGAAGAGAAAAAAGAAGAGAAGAAGGAAGAGAGCGAAGAGUCGGAUGAUGACAUGGGUUUCGGUCUCUUUGACUAACAACCUUGUGUACUAUUUGUAAUAUGUAACACAAAUAAACAUCGCUAAGGAA